AUGGCCACUCCAUCGUCGGUCAGUACUCGCAUUGAGGAAGAUGAGCCAGGUUGGACUUAUGGGAGUCGACCUCCAAAGCGGCGCAAAGGAGCUUUACCCGCCGAUGCCUCAAAUCCCUCUCCUCGUGAGAUCGGCUUUAUGAGAGAGUCUCAAAAUGAUGGCUCUGCCAGCUUUCUAGGAAGUUCCAGUGGAAUUCACUUUAUUCGACAUGUGUACAGCGCUUUUGCCCGUCGAUCUGCAGAUCUUCAACAGACCCGCGCUCGAGAUAGAACCUCGGUGCCUGGUGAGGAUGAUCGGUUGCACCGAGGUCCUGGAGGUAAUCUCGACACAAAUGAGAUAUGGUUGGCAGAAGAAUUGAACUACUCGAUGCAUACCUUGAUUUCUUUUGAAAAUCUUAUUUGCUGGACCCGCCUCUACUUUGAGAAUUGGCACCCAAUCUUUCCUUGUUUGCAUGCACCAACCAUUUUGAAGGUUAUGGAGAAAAUUGGUCAACAAGGCCUUGACUCUGUGGAAAGACUGGAUGCGAUAAUUAUUCGCUGUAUUGUCUCGAUAUCCCUAGCAGACAACAGGCAGACCAUUGUGCCUGGAUCAAAGCUAGGACCGGUGCCUGUCGCGUUGCUGUUUCACAGCGUGCAGCAUAUUAUGCAGGACAUACAUAGCCUAUUAGCGGAGCCAACGACCCUGCCACUUUUGCAAGCUGCGUUUACAGCCCAACUUACCUUGGCCUCUCUUUUGCGUCUUAAUGCUGCCUCUCGCGUGGGAGGGGUGAUCACACGAACAGCUUUCCACUUGGGUCUGCAUCGGUGCCCAGGUCGUUUCGCAUGUUUCAGUGAUGAAGAAGUCCAGAUUCGAAGACGUCUUUUCUGGUCAAUAUACUCCCUGGAGCGAUAUUUGUCACAGGCUCUUGGAGUUCCGCUAAGCAUUCGCGACGAUGACAUUGACGUUUGCUACCCGGGGGCUGAAAGACAUGCCAGCGCGAACGCAGGCACUCCCGAUACUCAACGCCUUCAGCUACUCUCCCACCUUGCGAAGUUUGCGAGGAUAAGAGGUUUAAUUCUUGAACUGCGAAACAAGUCUAUCUUGCAUAGCCAUGCUGGCACUGUUGAGGCAUCGCACGUCAACGGCGAGCUCUCUCAAUGGUGGAAUGAGGUUUAUGAUGACGUCCAUCCAAUUGAUGAGGAUUCGAGUGCCCCCUCUGAGCCAGGCAAAACCUUAGCUCCGUAUCACCGUCUUUUACUCAUCGUAUUCAGGCACGAAGCAAUCAUCUCCAUGAACAGGCCCCUGCUUGCGUCCGACAAGCCUAAUGCAGAAUACAAGAAUGCUCUACAAACUUGCAUCGCCUCUUCGCGGUCCUUACUUGCUGCAUUGAAGCAGUACAUGUCCUCUUCAUCUGAAGCUCCUCUAACGUGGCCUUCUUUUACAUGGAUCACGUGGAUGGCAUCUCUCAUAUUAAUGUAUGCAUCCUGGGAAGGCGAACUGCCUAUUCCUACAGCAUUGAAAUACGCGAGAAUUGGCAUCUCCGUUCUACAGAAUCUUGCUCUUCGCGGUAGCAGUUGGCCCGAAACAUGCAUCGAGGCGAUUCGAAGUAUGGAGUCUGCUUUGCAAUCGAGCGCCUCUGAACGCCACGAGGAACUAGCAUCUGGCAUUCUUACUGCUGAGAGGGGUAACCAUCCCAAUCCAAGCGGAUCUCCGAAUUUGAACGAGCGUUCAACCCGUGACAGAAACGGACAGUCAAGCAGGAGGAGGUCCACAUUCACCACCUCCGAUCCUCAAGGAGCUCGGAAUGCGCCUUCAUCUAUGAACGGGCAACAGUUUCCAGCAUCGAUGGGUCCAGGCAGACCCGGGGUUCCUUCCAAUGACCUGAAUAACUAUCCAGGUAUCUCGCCGUCAGAUCAUGCGAGCACUGGAGUUGAGGCGUCAUUUGUUGACAACUACUCACUAAACGGGCAGACAUCUGGGGGUCUCAUCUUUGGAAAUAUGAUGGCGAACACAAACGCACCUUUCUGUCCUGGGGGAGUAGGUCAAGAUGCUGUGCCUUUCUCCGAUCCAUCUGUCUUCAUGAAUGAUCUUUGGAGUGUGGCGGACGGACCUUGGCUUAUUGAUGGCAACUUAUUAUAA